AUGAAUGGCAAGAAGUACAUCUAUUGCCCUUACCACCAUACGACCAAGUGGGUCCUCGAGGUCAACAACAAAGGAGUCGUUCACAAGACCGGUUGCGAGAAGAUGAAGGAAGCAUUGGCUGCGGCCAAGGCUACUGACAAGCCCAGUGGUGCAACCGAACCAGAUCCAGCAGCUGUCGCCCUUGCCAACGCGAUCGAGGACGUCGGAACCGACACUCUCCUACCAGUCCCUCUACUCUUAGCCGUAGCACUAGCCAACGCCCUAGCGACGGCAGUGACCUGGAAGAAGGGACUCAAGACGUUAGCCGCGAGAGCAGAAAGAGCAUUUGAUGACGCAGCCGAAGAGGCACAUCUUACGCAGAUGUUGCUCCUCUUAGCUGCUGAGAAUAUGCCCGGAGUAUUGGAAUGGUUUAGGGCGCUGUACAGUCAGCCCAUGUCAUUUCUUCUCUUCGCGAUGCUGUACGAAGAGCCCACGCAACUGUUGUUGAGAUCAGUCGCUUACGCGACUUGCUGUGUAGUGGACACGGCCACGUUCGCUAUGGCGAGCACCGAGUUCGGUGCAGCACUGUGUACGUUCCUUGCAGUGGCAAGGACGUUGUUCUUGUGGGGAAGUAGUCCGCAAGAGCCUCCAGCUUACGUUCCGAAGCGACUCAGAAGAGGACCUUCACUCUUAUCACGAGUUUGCAAGUCGUCAAUCGGAAAGAUCAAGUCCGUAUCAUGUGGAGUAUUGAGCACUGUCUUGCUCAUUAUCCAGCUGUCGCACCUGUCGGUCAUGGAGUCAUCGGACGUACCCUCCGUCGACAAACGGCAUCCCUGCACGGAUGAGCCUUUCCUGGAUCAGGACGAUGACACGGAAGAACCGGCGAAGCAACAAGAGUAUGACGCAGACUCAGUGCUAAUUGCAAUCGACAACUGCUCCUCCAGAUGCAUCACCAAUUGCAUGAAGGACUUCAUUGGCAAGCCGACAAAGGUCAACGUUACAGUCCAAGGGAUUGGAGGGACGGUGACGGCAACCUACAAGGGAACGGUCAGAUGGUCAAUCAAGGACGACGACGGAAGGGUCCAUCAUUUCGUGAUUCCGGAUACUUACUACAAUCCAUCGACGCCAUACAGGCUACUCUCGCCACAACAUUGGGCGAAGGUGGCGGAGGACAACCUGCCACAGCAGAGAGGAACUUGGUGUGCAACGUAUGAGGACUCUGUCGAGCUCUUCUGGGGCCAAAGGAGCUUCCGAAGAGUCAUCCCACUCUCCUCCUCCAAUAACAUCGCAAUCGUGAGGAGUGCCCCGUCUUAUUCGAAGCUGCACUCCUUCUGCUCCGAGAUUGCAUCAACAGUUCACGCCGAUAUUCAGGGAUCUGAGGUGGAUGAGCUCGAGCUGCUCUGUUGUCCCGCGGCAUCCAUUUCGGACGAUGAGUCAUCCAUCUCGUCCACGAGCUCGUAUGACGAUGAAGCUGACUGGGAAGUUAGGGCGCAUCCGGACUUGCCCAGUCACGUUGGCACCGAGGACAGUCGAUCCAAGGAAUUCCAGCAGAAGGAUCAGGAAGCUGGCUCACCGUGGUGCAUUGCCAGCAUCUCUCAUCAAGGCUAG